GCUGAAACUGGCAGACCGGCUGCAGACAUUUCCGUUGGGCAUUGCUUUGCUGGAUGGGGCGGAGCCGCUCGAGGAUGAUUCGGAUCUGACAUCGCUCUGCUCGGAGGAGCUGCAACUCCUCGUGUCGAGUGGUCGUCCAGCCGUAGUGGUCGCUCGAGUGAGGCCGAUGAGCCGUCGCGAGGUGCAGGCGGACGAGCGAGAAGCAGUGGCAGUAACUGACAAG